AUGCCGCUGUACGAAACGGUAUUGCAGGAAAAACCUGCCAUCGUGUUGGAAAUUGGAAAUGCACUGACAAAAUUGGGCUUUGCUGGUGAACCAUAUCCUCGCAGCAUCAUCGCAUCUGAGGUGCUUGACCACCGGGCGAAGAAUGAGGGUCUAACAACACCGAACCGGAGGCUGUUUGAUUACACCAGCGAAGGUGAACUGUAUGAUUCGUUAGUAGAAUUUCUGAAGACAAUUUUCUUCAAAUACGUCCUCGUCAGUCCGAAGGAGCGCAAGAUAGUGGUGGUCGAAUCGAUCCUCGGUCCGACCGUGAUCAAAGAAAACCUUGCUCGGGCACUUUUCUGCCAUUUCGACGUUUCGUCUGUGUUCUUUGUACCUACACAUCUCGUCGUGCUAGCGACGCUGGCCGUAGAGACGGCACUUGUGGUGGACAUUGGCUACAAAGAAGCAGUUAUUAUUCCGGUGUUCUGUGGCGUGCAGGCUCUAUACGCUUGGGAAGCUCAACCGCUCGCUGCCGAUUGCGUCCACAACGAAAUCCGAAGGCAACUAAUUGAAAACGGGGUGGAUGAGAAACUGCUCACAGAAGCGACGUUGGAAGAUAUCAAGAUUCGAACCUGCUUCGUGACCACUGCCGAAAGAGCGACCAAGUACCGCUUGGAUGGAGGUGCAUCACUUACCCCAUGUCCGGAUGUGGACUAUCCGGCGCAGGGUGACGCUAUGAUUAAAAUCACUGGUCGAUUGCGCGAAACCGCGUACGAAGUCAUGUUUCCUGAGGACAACGAUCGGCUCGGGUUGCCGUACAUCGUAUUGAACGCAAUUCUUAAAUGUCCACGCGAUACUCGCUUAGCACUGGCAAACAAUAUCAUCCUUAUCGGUGGCUCGACGAUGUGUCAGGGUUUGACGGCACGGCUUAAAUCGGAACUGCAUGCGCUAGUGCAAACAGACCUCUACAAAGACCGCCUGUUUGUACAGACAUUCAAAUUCCACAAAGCUCCUGCGGAAGCUAACUUCACUGCCUGGUUGGGCGGAUCCAUCUACGGUGCAACCGAUCUCGUGCUGUCGAAGUCCAUCAGUCGGGAAGCGUACAGCAAAAAUCAAACCAUUCCCGAUUUCAGCAACUAUGAUGAACCACGUAGCACACCGAUGCGUGGCUGACGACAAAAAUCAAAAGGCCAACGAGGUAGUGCCAGUGGACGGACCCUAGGACCUAUUAACCAAUAGUUAUUUAUAUUCCUUCAAUUUGCUUAUUAAAUUAAAUUUCUUAAUACUAACAUUAUCUUGAAAGGCAAAUAAAAGUGCUACAUGAAUAUAAUUCACCAAAAACCAA